AUGGCAAAGUCCCUGGAGAAUGCCACCGGUCCGGAGAGCAGCAUUCCGUCGCCCAAACUCACCACCUGCCCGAAAAAGGACGCCGGGACAUCAACCGAGUCAUCUCGAGCUGCACAUCCCUCUGGGAAAAGAGGCCAUGGCCGGGGCGUGCAGAUACUACGUGGGUUGGCCUUUACAACCUACUUCACCCUUUGUUGCACCAUAAUCUUCAUCACUCAGCUCGUCGGCUCCCCUCUGUACCUUGUCCAUCGCGAGUGGUAUUACGCGUACAUGUCCAUGACCAAGCGGUCUUUUGGGCUCACCAUUACCGUAAUGACGCACGUGUUUGGCCCGGCCACCAUGCGUAUAAGUGGUGACGAGUCCGUAGCUGGUCAAAUUCAGCCCACCCGCGGCGGUGCCGUCGAGUUCAAGUUCCCCGAACGAUUGGUCAUGAUUGCCAACCAUCAGAUUUACACCGAUUGGAUUUACCUGUGGUGGGUUGGGUAUGCGAACCGGCCCGGUAUGCAUGGUCACAUCUACAUCAUCCUCAAAGAGUCCCUAAAAUACAUCCCCAUCAUUGGCACUGGCAUGAUGUUCUACGGCUUCAUAUUCAUGUCGAGGAAGAUGGCGACCGAUCAGCCGCGCUUAUCCUAUCGUCUCACCAAGCUGAAGAAGAAGAGGGUUGAUCCGCGGGGCAACGCAUACCUUGACCCCAUGUGGUUGCUGUUAUUUCCGGAGGGGACCAACCUGUCCAACAAUGGCCGGCAAAAGUCGUCGCAGUGGGCGGCAAAGAACAACCUGAAAGACCCCGAUCACGUCAUGCUGCCUCGAAGUACGGGCACAUACUUUUGUCUUCGGGAGCUAAAGGACACGGUGGAAUACGUCUACGACUGUACCGUGGCGUACGAGGGUGUCCCUCGAGGUAAAUAUGGAGAGGAGAUUUUUGGAUUGACCAGCACUUACUUUCAAGGCCGCCCCCCUAAAUCCGUCAAUCUGUACUGGCGCCGUUUCAAAAUCACCGACAUUCCCCUUGACGAUCCGAGAGAAUUCGAUCUUUGGCUUCGUGAUCAAUGGUACAAAAAGGACGCCUUGAUGGAGGAAUAUCUGGACAAGGGCCGCUUCCCCGCAAUGCACGGAGCCGAGGUAGAAUACGUCGAGACCGAGGUUCGCACCAGGUAUCCUUGGGAGAUUUUGCAAAUUUUCACCGUGGUAGGAUUAUGUGGUUUGACGUGGCAUAACGUGCGACGACUUUUGCAUAUGGCCGGGGCGAAGAUGGGGUUCCUGGUUUGA